CAUCCACACCAUUUUUAACUCACUCUCGCAAACUUCAACCCAAAAAAAAAAAAAACCAAAAAGGGUAUCACUUUCUUCCCCCUCUUUUCCAUCUUUCUAUCAAUCUUUUUCAAAAACUUGAUUGAAUUUGGAGAAUUUGAAGAAUAUGGCUCUUGAAGCUCUGAAUUCUCCUACCAUGGCUACACCUUUCAGCAACAAAUACGAGGACAUCGACAACGAUUACCUCGAGACAUGGAAGAAAGGCAAACGUUCAAAACGAACACGGAGCGAGUCUCCACCCACUGAAGAAGAGUACCUUGCUCUCUGUCUCCUCAUGCUAGCUCGUGGCUCCACCAACCACAGUAUAAACGCUGCCGCCAACGGUGGUGAUGAUCAUCGUCAGUCUUCCUCGACAUCAGUAUCAGCAGCUGCUCCUCCAGCUUUGAAGUUGUCAUACAAGUGCAGUGUAUGCAACAAGGCUUUCCCUUCUUACCAAGCUCUGGGUGGGCAUAAAGCCAGCCACCGAAAACCCUCUACCGACGCUUCUACCAUCAACGCUGAUAAUCCAUCUACUGCCAGCACCACCACCAGCGGUAGCGGUAGGGCCCAUGAGUGCUCCAUCUGCCACAAGUCCUUCCCAACAGGCCAAGCCUUGGGUGGCCACAAACGCUGCCACUACGAAGGUGGCAACAACAACAAUAUUAACAAAAGUGGUAACGUUAGCGUUAGCGGGAUGACGUUGUUGGACGGGGGCGCGUUGAGCCAAAGCCACCGUGUCGGCUUUAACUUUGACCUGAACUUGCCUGCUUUACCAGAAUUCUGUGGGGAAAAUAAAGAUGGAAGAUUUAGUCAAAUCAACGCAGAACAAGAGGUUGAAAGUCCAUUGCCGACCAAGAAACCACGCUUCUUGAUUGCUAAGGAAGAAAAGCCGGAUUCUUCUUUAGCACAAGAUUAAUUUUAGGAUUUGUAGAAUUAAUUAAAUUUACAAAGAUAAAAUUUUUCAAAUAUUUUCAUUGAUUACGGGAUUUGUAUUUGAUGAAUUGAUCUGUACAGUGAAUUUGUUCAUUGUUUGUGAACUCUCCCUAUUGUAGUCAGCUGCCGGCAAUCAUUGAUUCAUUUAUUCAAGAAAAUAUUUCCACUAACAA